AUGGGAUUUUAUAUACAUCACUUCAAUCGUUCAUCUUGGUGUUCCCACCUAUGUUUAUUUUAUGGUAAACGAAUUUCCUUACCUAUAACCAACCAACAACCACAAUCCUUUUUAAGUUCACAUGUUACUAGCAAACCAAAGAAAUCUUUCAAAUUGGUGACCUUGAUCUCUGAACCAUAUGCUACACAUGACGCAUGGCAUCCAACUAUACCCCCUCCACCGGAAUCAGGUCCUCCAGGUUGUUGCACAUGGUCAAGUGUAUUUUCCGAUCCUAUUUCAAAACCAAUCAUUAUUGAUGUACGAAGUCCUGAUGAAUUUAAUGAAGAUCACAUUCAUGGAGCAAUAAAUCUUCCUGUUUUAAAUAAUGAAGAAAGAGCAAUCGUUGGCCGUUUAUACAAUCAAGAUGAUCGUGUUCGAGCUCGCCUUUAUGGUGCAUCUUUGGUCUGUGCCAAUAUUAGUCGUUGUUUGAAAGAACUUUCUUUUCAAUAUGGUUUACAACUAGACAAUUCGGUUCCUGUAAAUCAUCACUCUAAUGGAAAUAGAAAAGUUGUGAAAUAUCCUGAUUUUUUUAUUUAUUGUUGGCGUGGUGGUCAAAGAUCUAAUUCUUUAGCAACUAUAUUAUCUGAAGUAGGCUGGCCGGGUAAUUUAUAUACGCUUGUUGGUGGAUAUCGUUCUUGGCGUAGACUCCUACUUCGUCAGUUAGAUGCGUGGCCUCGUUGGUCUAUACUGAGUCCGUUUUGGGUCAUAUCUGGUCUUACUGGUUCCGGGAAAUCUUUAAUACUUCAAGAGUUACACGAUUAUGGUGAAACCGUUUUCGAUUUAGAAGCUUUAGCUAAACAUAAAGGUUCAAUGUUUGGUGGUGGUAGUGUAUUAUCAGAUAGUAACACUAGCGAUCACCAAAGCACUACCAUUAAAGGGAGUCUACAAAAGUUUUUUGAAUCUCAACUCCAUCAUGUAAUGAUGACAAAUAAGCAUCGACUAUCAUCCUGCAAAAAUAUUUUAUGGAUUGAAUGUGAAUCACGGCAUAUUGGACCAGUUUGUGGGUUACCUGAUGGUUUAUGGUCACGAUUAAGAUCUACAGAUCCAAACGUUGGGACCCAUCGAUUAUGGAUUGAUAUUACAGAAGAAGCAAGAGUUGCUUGGAUUUUAGAAAAUUAUUCUGCCGCUACUCGGAAUGUUCCACAAGUUUUAGCUAUUCUCAAAAAUUUAAAUGAAUAUAUACCAGAUAAAUUGAUUAAUCAGUGGACUGAAAUGGUUCAUCGUGAAGAUUUCACCAGUUUUGUAACAGGUUUACUUCGACAUCAUUAUGAUCCAUUGUAUAUAAAAAAUCGUCGUCAAAUAAUAGAAGAUGCUAAAAAGAAUGGUUUAUUCCAUCGUAUCUCUCUAAAUAGUGUUGAUAAGACAACUAUACAAACAAAAAUUAUACCACAAAUAUUGGAUUUAGCAUAUACUACAAGUUCAUCUGAUAUACAACAAAAUCGGUUACUUAAUUUAUUACCUAAAUGUCAUGUAGCUAUUUGA